CUUGUACCGCCUGGCUGUGCAGAAAGUCUACCAGCUCAGGGUGGAUAUGGAGGAUGUGGAGGGAGAGACGCGGUACGCCGCUUACGACACGUUUGCCAUCUCACCUGAAUCACAGAACUACAAGCUCCACAUAGGGACUUACAGCGGCACUGCAGGAGACAGCUUGACGUACCAUGACGGGAAACCAUUCAGUGCCAAGGACAGAGAUAACGACGUGUACUCGUCCAGUUGUGCUCAGAUGUUCAAAGGUGCUUGGUGGUACGGCGAUUGCUACCACUCAAACCUGAACGGCCAGUACCACCUGGGUACUUUUGGGAGUAACGAUGGCGGAGUCACCUGGCGCCACUGGAAGGGUAAUAACUACUCCCUGAAGCGCACUGAGAUGAAACUCCGACCAGCUCCAUAACGUCACACAAUGUAGAUUGUUUGCGUGUAUCUUCUUAGAACCAUACAUUGUAAGCCGUUUGUGCUAUUUCUUCUGCAAUGAUGUGUUUUGUCUCAUUUUACAUGAGCAUGACCAUAAGGCUAAAAUGGAGGUCUUCAACUGCAUUGCUAUAUAUUACUAUUAGUGAUCUCACAAUGAAAAGAAAAACACAGUUAAUGUUUUUAAAAUAUAUAACAAUGCUUACGC